AUGCGAGAAAGGCGGCCAUACGAGUCCGGACGCGGUGCCAUCCCUGCUCAACACCAUCGCUCGGGGUCAUCAGAGGGCACCCACCGUGACGACCGGCGUACUUGCUUGCUUGCCGGCUCUCGUCAACGAAGCUCCCGGGUUCCUGUGAUGGCGAGGACGCGCGCUCCUUUAAUCUCAACAGCUUCGGCACCUUGGCGACGCGACUUACCGACGCGCUUCAGAGACAGUGUGAUUGAACCGGUAUGCGUCUAG